AUGUCGAACGCGGGCACCCGCAGGGCCGGCUCCAGCAUCAAAGUCCGCCUCACAGUGGAAUCUGCUAACCUUUUCCUUUUUCUCGCAGUGCUUUGUGCCAAGAAUCUCGCAAAGAAAGAUUUCUUCAGGCUUCCUGACCCCUUUGCAAAGAUUGUGGUGGAUGGGUCUGGUCAGUGUCAUUCCACCGACACUGUGAAGAACACCUUAGAUCCCAAAUGGAACCAACAUUACGAUUUAUACGUUGGAAAAUCAGAUUCUAUCACCAUCAGUGUCUGGAAUCAUAAGAAAAUUCACAAAAAACAGGGAGCUGGCUUCCUGGGAUGCGUCCGACUUCUUUCCAAUGCCAUCAGCAGGCUAAAAGAUACGGGAUACCAGCGUUUGGAUCUAUGCAAACUAAAUCCUACAGACACGGAUGCAGUCCGAGGCCAGAUAGUUGUCAGCCUACAGACACGAGACAGGAUAGGCACAGGAGGGUCUGUGGUAGACUGCAGGGGGCUCUUGGAGAAUGAAGGAACGGUUUAUGAAGACUCGGGACCUGGGAGGCCUCUGAGCUGCUACAUGGAGGAGCCAGCCCCGUACACGGACAGCACAGGAGCUGCUGGCGGAGGGAACUGUAGGUUCCCGGAAACCCCUGGCCAGGAUCAGACCCUCCAGGUCCAGCGAUUGCGGGGUCCUGAUGUAAGAAGCCAUGUCCAGACCCCCCAAAAUAGGCCCCACGGUCAUCAGUCGCCAUCACCGGAUCUGCCUGAAGGCUACGAGCAAAGGACAACAGUACAGGGACAAGUUUACUUUUUGCAUACACAAACUGGGGUUAGCACCUGGCACGAUCCCAGGAUACCAAGAGACCUUAACAGUGUGAAUUGUGAUGAGCUUGGACCUCUGCCUCCAGGCUGGGAAGUUAGAAGUACAGUAUCGGGAAGAAUAUAUUUUGUAGAUCAUAAUAACAGAACCACGCAGUUCACAGAUCCAAGACUGCAUCACAUAAUGAAUCACCAAUGCCAACUCAAAGAAUCCAACCAGCCUCUGCAAGCCCCCAACGAGGGCUCGCUGGAAGACAGCGAGGAGCUGCCCGCUCAGAGAUACGAACGGGACCUGGUGCAGAAGCUCAAGUUCCUCCGGCACGAACUCUCCCUCCAGCAGCCCCAGGCUGGCCACUGCCGCAUCGAAGUAUCCAGGGAGGAAAUAUUUGAGGAAUCUUACCGUCAGAUAAUGAAGAUGAGGCCAAAAGACCUGAAGAAGAGGCUGAUGGUGAAAUUUCGGGGAGAGGAAGGCUUAGAUUAUGGUGGAGUGGCAAGGGAAUGGCUGUACCUUCUAUGCCACGAAAUGCUGAAUCCAUAUUAUGGCCUUUUCCAAUAUUCAACUGAUAACAUUUACACGCUGCAAAUAAAUCCUGAUUCCUCCAUCAACCCCGAUCAUCUGUCUUAUUUCCACUUUGUCGGUCGGAUAAUGGGGCUGGCCGUGUUCCACGGGCAUUACAUCAAUGGGGGUUUCACGGUCCCUUUCUACAAACAGCUGCUGGGCAAACCCAUCCAGUUAUCUGACUUGGAAUCGGUUGAUCCAGAGCUACAUAAGAGCUUAGUCUGGAUUUUAGAGAACGACAUCACUCCAGUUCUGGACCAUACCUUCUGUGUGGAACACAAUGCUUUUGGCAGAAUUCUGCAACACGAACUCAAGCCGAACGGAAGAAAUGUUUCCGUUACGGAGGAGAACAAGAAAGAAUAUGUCAGGCUGUACGUAAACUGGCGGUUCAUGAGAGGAAUUGAAGCCCAAUUCCUGGCUCUUCAGAAAGGUUUUAAUGAACUUAUUCCUCAACACCUCCUGAAGCCUUUUGACCAUAAGGAACUUGAGCUCAUCAUUGGUGGCCUAGAUAAGAUUGAUCUGAACGACUGGAAAGCCAACACGCGUCUGAAGCACUGCAUGGCCGACAGCAAUAUCGUCAAGUGGUUCUGGCAAGCGGUGGAAGCCUUUGAUGAGGAAAGGAGAGCGCGGCUGCUCCAGUUUGUCACAGGCUCCACGCGGGUCCCCCUUCAGGGUUUCAAGGCUUUGCAAGGCGCGGCAGGACCCAGGCUGUUCACUAUCCACUUGAUAGAUGCAAAUACAGACAACCUCCCAAAAGCUCAUACUUGCUUUAAUCGGAUUGACAUUCCGCCUUACGAGUCUUACGAGAAGCUUUACGAAAAGCUAGUGACCGCCGUGGAAGAGACCUGUGGCUUUGCGGUAGAGUGACCAGGCAACCAAAGGAAACCGAUAAUGGCUGAGCUCACGGACCACCAAAUCGAAAAAGCUGUAAGGAGAAGCUCGCUGUGAACUUCUUUUUUGUCCAAAGUG